CCUAACAAACCUGUUCGACCCUUGCGUCUUGAGGAUAUUCGUCUAUUCGCCUACUCUGACUGGUUGCGAUGGCGUCCACGUUUCUACACCUGGCUGAAGGCCUGGAUCAGCCGGAUGGAUCAGCGUUCCAAACAACUGCUUGCAGCUGCAGAUAAGAAACGCCUCCUAGCUGCUAGUCUCAAUGCCGAGUCCUCUAUUCCAUCUGAUCCCAUCAGCGCGGCGGGAGGAACUUCGGGGUCUGAAGACGUAACAAUGGAGGCCUCGGCAGACGACUUGGACAGCGCGCUGCCUUCAAACUUUGUGCCUGGAACGGUUGUAGAGGUAAACUAUUCCACCAAUAUCGAAUUUUGCAACACCCUUUCCCUGACAGUUUUCGAGGACUAG